AUGCCAUCAGUUAAGACAAAACCUAGAAGUAAUAUCUCUGAGGUAAUAAGUGUUGAUGAAAAUAAUAUAUCUAAUGAAAAUAAUGUGUCUAAAGGUAUAAUAGUUAAUGAAGAUGUACCAUGGCAUUGGGAUGAUCAAUGUCAAACUGCUUUUGACGAACUGAAAAAUAUUCUUAUUUCAAAACCAGUCUUACAAUUGUAUGAUCCAAAUAAACCUUGUCAUGUUUUUGUUGAUGCAUCACAGAUUGCUGUGGGAGCUGUUUUGAAGCAGCCAGAUGAAAGCAUUAUGUCAACAAAAAAUUGGUGUCUCUUGUUUCUACUCUGGUUUCCCUGCUUGGACGUUUUAGUUUGCCUCGGCUAUGAAAAGAGUUUAACACACAACCACACUUCUAUUCUUGGCACAGAAAAUCACAACUAUUUUGCAGACUCACCUGUCCAUAGUUCAGCCAGAGCUGUUCCACCCAGCGAAGGAAGUCGCUAUUUGAGAAGAAGAUGGGGACCUGGAAAGAAACUACGCAACAGAGAAUAUCUCUUACGUCUUAUGAGUGAUUAUUAUGAACCCGACUGGAUGUCAGAGAAGAGACCGAAGAAGUUCCGGAAGCCCAUGUUCUUGAGCGAACUGAAUUUGGACGUCUCUCGACAUGUUUCGGCGCCGAAACAGCAGCUGCCUUGGAACCAAUUGAAUCUGACUGAAGAACUAUCUUUUUUCCACCCUGAAUUGUUGCCUCGGAAAAAUCAGAUUAAAUCAUGGUUGAUUCGGAGAGCGUCUUGUCCGGUUGUUUUCACAUGGCAGGACAUGGGAGCUGAUAUCUGGCCUAGAUGGCUUCGCUAUGGAUAUUGCCUUGACAGGAAAGGAGAAUGUUCUUUCCCUGCCGGUAUGGCGUGCAGGCCUGUACAGGGUGCGAAAGUCGAUCUGCACGUUUUGCGCUGGGUGUGCAGAAACCGCAAAGGAGAUCUUGCAUCCAAGAAGAAGAGAAAAGCUUGUGAAUGGAUAAGAGUAAUAACAUCUGUUAUCGUGGACUGCCAAUGCGAAUGCUGAAUAAAUAUCAUUUGGACCGUUUUUACUUUUCAAAAUGUUUUUGGCAGAGGUCGUUCCUGCUUUCUGGCAGAAAAACGCGCGCAGAAAAUAGGCGAUGUUGGUAUGAUCCCAUUAAUCAACAGCUAUUUCGAUAACCAUUAAACGAUAAGGAAAUAUAUUCUUCAAAAAGGCAACGGAAUUUAACUAAUUUAAUACAAAUGCAACUAAGAAACAUAUAUAUAAAAAAAGGAACAAAAAUCUUAAAGCCGUCAAAUUUUACAUUA